UUACUUCACAUACAAUACAAUACAACAAUAUGUACACUCUCUUUCUCUCUUUCUUUCUAUCUCUCUGUCCUUUUCUCAUUCUUCUCUUUCUUAACAUUUCACCUUCCUCUUUUUUCACAGCCAUUUAUUAGAUUCUUCUUCUCCUUCUCCUUCUCUAAAUGCUCUUUUCUCUUCUUCUCCAUUGAAUUGUACAGAUUCCCAGCUGAAAAAACAAAAAAACCCAUCAAAAUAGUUUCAUUUCUUGUUUUUGGGCUGUUCCUUUUUUUUUUCUUGCUCUUCUGUUUGUUUUUUGUUAAACUGUCAAGACAUUUAAAAAAAAAAAAAAACUCUUCUGGGUUUGGCUUUUGCUUUAUUUUGCAAACUCUGUUUCUGGGUUUGUUGCCGAAAAGCCUUCUAUAAAGAUACCCAGUACUCUAUGUAUAUACAUAUGUAUAUGCCAUAUAAACCUUGAAGAUAACAAACAAAACUUUUGAUUUUUGAGUUUUUGUUUCUUAAAGAAAAAAUUGCAAACUUUUUUAAUUUCUGUGAAUAAAGUUUUCUUUUCUUUGUGUAAUAUUUCCCUUCAAUUUCAAUUUCUUGAAAAAGAUAAGAGACAUGGGCAAGCAAGGACCUUGCUGUCACUGUGGAGUUACAAGCACACCUCUUUGGCGCAAUGGGCCUCCUGAGAAGCCCGUCCUAUGUAACGCUUGUGGCUCUAGAUGGAGAACAAAGGGAACUCUAGCAAACUAUACACCACUUCAUGCCCGGGCAGACCCCGAUGAUUAUGAGGAUCAUAGGGUCUCUAGAGUGAAGAGCAUAUCUAUAAACAAGAACAAAGAUGUGAAAUUGCUCAAAAGAAAGGCGAAUCAUGAUAAUGGGGUGGUCGGAGGGGUUGUCCAUGACUACAAUCAGGGUUACAGAAAGGUUUUGGAUGAAGAUAUUAGUAACAGAUCAAGCUCUGGGUCAGCCAUAUCCAACUCUGAGAGCUGUGCGCAAUUUGGCAGUGCAGAUGCAAGUGAUUUGACAGGUCCGGCCCAAUCAGUUGUGUGGGAUUCGAUGGUACCUUCUAAGAAGAGGACCUGUGUCAAUCGUCCAAAGCAGUCUCCAGUUGAGAAGCUUACAAAAGAUUUAUAUACUAUAUUGCAUGAGCAACAGUCUUCAUGCUUCUCUGGAUCGUCUGAAGAGGAUUUGCUUUUCGAAAGUGAAACACCAAUGGUUUCUGUUGAGAUAGGACAUGGAAGUGUUCUUAUUAGACACCCAAGCUCAAUAGCUCGAGAUGAGGAAUCUGAAGCCAGCUCCCUUUCUGUUGAGAACAAACAAUGCUCAACAAAUGAGGCUUAUUCACAUUCUCUGGGCCUUCUUGUACAUAUCGGAAACAAAAAUAUCCAUACACCAAGUCUUCUAAUAGAAAAAGCUAAGAACCCUAUUGGACAAGGGCUGCAGCAUGAGCAACUUAAGAGGGACAAGUUUCAGCAUGAAAGGGUGCAAGUUCUGGGAAAUCAUAAUUCACCACUGUGCAACGUGGACUUAAAUGAUAUUCUUAAUUUUGAGGAGUUUGCUAGAUACUUGACAAAUGAAGAGCAGCAGCAGCUGCUAAAAUAUCUACCUCCUGUUGAUACUGCCCAACUUCCUGACAGCAUCAAAAGCAUGUUUGAUAGCCCUCAAUUUAAGGAGAAUAUAUCUUGCUAUCAACAACUGCUCGCGGAAGGGGUCUUUGAUAUCUCCUUCUCAGAAGCUAAAGCUGAAGACUGUAAUACUUUGAAAAGGCUGACACUAUCCAAUCUGUCAAAAUCAAAAUGGGUGGAGCAUUAUACUCAACUCAAGAAGUGUAGAAAUAGUAAUGAAAAGUCUCUUGUUGGAAGAGGGCCAACUGUUGUGUCAUCUAGCAAUUCAGUUAGCGGUAAGAGAUCACGGGACAGCAUAGGCCAAAAAUAUAUAGAAGUAAAGACAAUGAAGAGCCCCAAAAGGAUUAGCAUGAAGGCCACCUAUGAAAACAAAGAACUCAUGGAGAGUGAUGGUACUUGCUUUAGUCCAAGAAGCCUAUUUGCCUUGCCUCCUGAUGGUGGCUCCUUCAUGCUGGAUUCUUUGCAUUGCGUUGAUGAAAGCUCGGAUCAGGAUCUGCUUCUGGAUGUGCCAUCCAAUGGCUCAUUUGCACAAGCAGAGCUCCUUCACCCAGCUUUAAGUUUUGGUCAACAGGCAAGCACUAGCAGUAGCUCAACAUACCCACAUCUACUCCGUCCCUGACAAACGUUUGCAAAAUCAGUACUUUUGAUCACUAGGGCUAUAUAUAGAUUCACCUUUUUGCCAAAAUCCGUGACUAGGUUACAAUCUGUGAAUGAGGUUUGAUGGUUGCUGUUUGAUUCCCUUUGAUUUUUGCAAACUUGGUAUACCAAGGGACGAAUUUGGAUGGGUUUUUUUUUUGUAUAGGUUGACAACAGAUUGUAAGAUAUAGCUAAAAAAUGCACUAGAGGUGAUGAUUUUAAGAGUAUUGUAUGCAAGUUUUAGUC